GGCCGGGGCGGCAAAAAAAAAAUUGCCCAUUGGUCGAGUCGGGGCGAAAUUUUGUGUCUAAAGCUCGCUAUUUCGGGCCUAAAUUAGCAGGCUUUUGCGAGCCAAAACGGACCGGGAAAAAAAACAAACUACAAAAUCAUUUUUAGCUUGCCCAAAGCCCGUCCAAAGCCAAAAAAAAUUCUACCAAAUCCUGGCCUAAAAACGAGCCGGGCCAAAAAUGAUCACCUCUAGGCCUAGCCCGUAGAAGUAGAAGUAGAAGUCCAAGGGUUUGACUAAUUGAUGACCUUUCAGUUCCAGUUGAUCCGCGCUAGUUCCCGACUUCCCUCAGUCAUCAAAAUUCCAAGUACCAAUUCAGUCGCUUUCUCUCUCCUCCCCAAAUUGAUUAAUUCUGUUGUUUCCAUGGAAUCCAGCGAGCAGCUUCAAUUAUUUUUGUGUGGAAAGUCAUGUUCCGAGAAAGAACUCGCAACUUAUCUCCACUCCAAUCACACUCUUCAACUUUCUCAUACCUCUAAUCUUCUCCUUCGUCUUCAAUCUCACCUUCCUAAACCCUCCACGACGUCGUUUAGUGUCCAUUCCUUCUUCAAUUCCCUUUCAACCUCUCGUUUUGGACGUUUUCUCAUUUGGUCUCCUCGCUUGCCUUCUACCCACGACGUCGUUUCUCAGAAUUUCAGUGAGCUUCCUGUUGGAGCUGUUUGUGUUGCUGAUGUUCAAUAUAAAGGCAGAGGAAGGACAACAAAUGUCUGGGAAUCUCCACCAGGUUGUCUUAUGUUUUCAUUUACAAUAGAAAUGGAGGAUGGACGAGUAGUGCCUUUACUACAAUAUGUUGCUUCACUUGCUGUUACUGAGGCUAUAAAAGAUCUUUGUUUUGAAAAUGGCUUGCCUCAGCUGGGGGUUAAGAUUAAAUGGCCAAAUGAUCUUUACUUGAAUGAUUUAAAAGUUGGUGGGAUAUUGUGCACUUCCACAUAUCAAUCAAAGAAAUUCAAUAUAAGUGUGGGGGUCGGCUUAAAUGUUGAUAAUAAACAGCCUACAACAUGCUUGAAUGCAAGGUUGCAACAAAUAGCCUCUAAGGUCUGCCAAUUACGCAAAGAAGACAUUUUGGCCUCCUUCUUUGGCAAAUUUGAGAAUUUCUUUCAGAUAUUCUUAAGCCAAGGUUUCCAACCUCUGGAGGAACUCUACUACAAGACUUGGUUACACAGUGGACAAAGAGUUAUCAUACAAGAUACUUGCGAGGGGAAACCAGUGGAUAAUAUUGUGACUAUUCAGGGAUUGACAUCAUCAGGAUAUUUACGGGCAAUUGGAGAUGAUGGUCAAAUGUGUGAGCUGCACCCAGAUGGCAAUAGCCUUGACUUCUUCAAAGGACUAGUCAGACACAAAAUGAGUUGAAGAGUGGGCUGCUAAGCUCUUUCAUGUGCUAUUUAUGAGCCUUUCAGUUGGGUGCUCUACUGUUCUGGGCAUGAGCUCAUCCCAUAACUUUUGUAAAAAUAAGACGACAAUUUGGUUGGAUUUUAGUAACAUGCGUAUCGCUAUGAUUCCCUUAGUUUUGAUAUGAGGGGCCUUGGCCUAGCAUUAAGCACACACUUUUGUUCGCAUUGCAGAUUUGAAGUCUCUUUAUAUGUUGAAGUGGGCUCCUUUUUUUCUUUCUUUCUGGUGUUAGACUACUGUCAAAGUGAAAAUAUAUGGUCCAACUUAGAUGUAGAUAUAGAGCUUCCAGCUCAUUUUUGUCAAACAACUUUUUUGGAUUUUUAACUCAAAUUCCCACCUUAGAAUAGAUACAUCAUAUGAUUACAUGUUCUCCCUAUUUCACCAUAGUAGUAAUUAGUAACCGUUGGCACCUUUAUUGCUUCUUGCAUUUCAUCGGCAACAUAUUUCCUAGUUAAGUGUAAUAGUUAGUUACUUGAGAGCUUUCCAGCUUCCGAAUUUCUACACCUCAAAUUGAAGGCUUUAUUUGGUCAAGUAAAAAGGGACCUACUAAGAACAUGUUCUUUAGGAUUCAUUUCUUUUAGUUUUGCUUGUUUAGUUUAGUUCAGUUCAAUUAGUUUCUUCUCGUAAGUUUAGUUUAGCUUAAUUAUCAUUAAAAAAAAGUUCAGUUUAGUUCACAGCGAUAUGGGUUUGUUACUCCAUCUUUAACCAUAGGUGUUGGUUUGAGCCAUGAAAGCACAUCAUUUCUUUUGGAGCAGCUUCACCACCAAUCGGAUGUCUCUAGUUCGAAUCUAGAUAGUAAAUUUUGAAUUACUAGAUGAUUAUGGGGGAUUUGAGACAAGUCUAUAGUUUCACAUUGAUGUUGGCUUAAAAUGAACAAAGUGAGUUUUUUUUUUUUAUAAUAGGGGUAUGAAUUAUAGGUGAAAUUCAAGAUAUUAUCUGCAGGAUGGAUAAUUUUGUCCAUAUCCAGAGAUGCAUCCAAUAUUGGGUUGUUGUCAUAGUAGUUUUUGGAUGUCUAGAAUUACACUAGUGUAGAACCCCACUCUUAACCUGGACCCCCUUUUUUCUUUUUCCACUGGGUACUGGUGACUGGUGAAGGGAAAUCCAUAAAUUUUGUCCAGCAAUCAUUCAAACUGUUGUAUCGUUCAGAAAUCAGAAUCCAAUAAAUAGCACCUGCUAUUCUGCUGUAAGGAGUCUUUGUUUUUUGCUUACCUUUCAAUGCCACCAAAAGUACCUGUUACUUUUACUUUAAAAGUUUAUCUACUUAUAAUUUGUGUUAUUUAUAGUCUAGACGGUGGAAUGUCACGUGACUUUGUAUAAUAAAGGAAAUGAACGCAUUCAUUGA